UUUAAGAAUUGAAACUCGUGAUGGAAGUUAUUGAUACACAAAAGGUUGAAUUAAAACAAAUUUCCAAUGAAAUUUGGAAGAAUCCUGAACUCGGAUACGAAGAAAAAUAUGCUCAUAAAGUUAUAACUGACUUUUUAGAGAAAAAUGGAUUUUACGUAGAAGAAAGCUACUUGCAUCCGACUGGUUUUCGAGCUACGUAUGGUACCACCACAGUAGAUGGCCUUGAAGGAGGCGAGAAGGAAGGCGCUCAUGCCUGCGUGAUGGUGGAGUAUGAUGCACUCCCGGAGAUUGGCCAUGCUUCAGGCAGAAAUCUUGUUACAGAGGCAGGAUUAGCCGCAGGAAUUGCUAUCAAAAGUUUGAUUGAGCAAGGCAAAAUAAAAGGAAAGGUGUCUGUCUUGGGUUGUCCAGAUCAUGAAGGAAAUGGCGGCAAAGUGGAUGCUAUAAAGAAACAUUUUUUUGAGGAUGUGGACUUUGCCGUUAGCGCACAACCAUACACUCUAGAUAUAUGCAAACCAGUGAUGCUAACAAUCAUGCGACUGUGUGUAAAGUAUAAGGGAAAACAGGCCCAUGCUUCUGCUCACCCGUGGGAGGGACGCAAUGCUCUUGACGCUGCCGUCUUGUGCUACAACAACAUCUCUGCACUCCGACAACAAUUGAAACCUCUCAUGCAAGUUCACGGUAUUAUAACUAAAGGAGGAGUGAAGCCAAACAUUAUACCAAGUGAGACUGUGAUGGAAUUUUACUUACGGGCUAAAGAUCAUGUGGACAUGGCAGUUUUACAGCAGCGUGCCAAUGCUUCAUUUGUGGCCGCCGCCAAAGCUACCGGAUGCGAAAUAGAGUUUGACUUCCACGAAAAACCGUAUUCCAACCUUUGUUCAAAUGCGACACUUGCGCACCUCUAUAAAAAAAAUGCGGAGAAACUUGGAAUUGUUUUCACACAGGACUGCGAAGAGCUACAAAUACCGGUUGGGUCUACAGAUGUCGGAAAUGUAUCGCAUGUAAUACCAACACUGCUUCCCAUGUUUAGCAUUGGAACAUCUGCGAUGAAUCAUACAGAAUCAUUCACGGAGGCCGCAGGAACAGAUUUGGCGCAUGAUUGUGCUUUGAGGGUAGGAAAGGCUUUGGCAGCGACAGUAAUUGACAUCAUGACGGAUAAAACUUCGCUUAACCAAAUGAAAGAAGAUUACUCGGAAGUCAACUGCGCAUCAAUGACUGCUUGGCAUUGAUUAAACUGUUUAUAAAAAUAACCAAUGAUCUUUUAUUCAAAUUCAAAUGACGAUUAGAUUCCCGAAAGACAACGUUGUGCUUAUACGCUAAAAGUCAAAAUCAAUUAAUGUUGCAUUGCUUUGAAAGGAUCAGUAUAAUGUUUCCUUAUUUUGUGCUAUUGCUACUAGCUGUAUAUAAACACACUGUAAAUAAUGCUAAUUACUGGUACCUUAGCAAUAUAUCAAGACCCAGUGCUGUAAAAUGAUGAAAAUAGUGCAUUUUAAGCCGGGUAGUCACUGCAUCAUAUGACCUUCAGCCGAAGAAUCAAACUCCGUUCCCUGCGAGCGUUAGACGACACAACAUAGUCUGCUUAUCAUCGGUCGCAGUCUGAACUGAUCGUCAUUAAAACUGAUUUGCUGCGCGGCCAUCGUGGUAUUGCAUUCUAUUUGGAAUUGCGUCAGGUGACGCCUGUGCACAGCGACUGGCCGGUUUUACACUUCGUCGGUAGAUAGCUACUGUAUUACUGUUGCAGAAUGCAGCACUUUUAUUGGUUCCUAUGCAUGUAAUGCAAUAAUUGUAAUCACUCUUAGUCACAUUCCUUUUGUUUUUUAUUGUGUGUAGUGUGUGCGUGUGUGUGUAGACAUUUAUGCAAAUGCGCAUGCGUCAAAGAAAAGUUUUCCGACAUUUUGAUUUACAUCGCGAUGGGAAGAUCGAAGUGAAGUUUCUGCAGAAUUCAGUCAGGACUCGCGCUAACCAACCGGAAAGUCGGCAUGGAUGAAAAUAUUUUGGUUUUACGGCAAAAAAAAAUCAAUUGCUGUAGGCAUA